AUGAUUCUACUCUACGUCCUGGCCUUUCUGGUGUCUUACCUGAUUUUCACCCGUCUUCGAUAUCGCUACCAGAGCUAUAAGCUGGCCCAAAAGUGGAAAUGUUCACCGGUGAGAGACGUCUCAUCGUUUCCUAUGGCUUUUCCUGAGUUCUUGUUCUUCUUCAAGUCGGGCAAGAACAAUGUCUUGUUAGACGAGUUUGUCAACUUCUUCACCAAACGACAACCAAACCUGACCGUGGGUCUGGUGCUGGCAGGCAAUGAUGUGACUGUUACACUAGAGCCUGAGAACCUCAAAGCCUUGCUGGCUACACAGUUCAAAGACUUUUGUUUAGGAGUCAGACACAACCAAUUGGCCCCCAUAUUGGGUGACGGCAUAUUCACUCUUGAUGGACAGGGUUGGCAACACUCCCGAGCCAUGCUACGGCCACAGUUUGCCCGGGAUCAAGUUUCGGACGUUGAUAUGAUCGAACGACAUGUCCAGAACCUGGUUCGCAAAAUUCCACAGGGUGAUUCAUUUGACAUCCAAGGGCUUUUCUUUAACUUGACGCUCGAUACAGCCACAGAGUUUCUCUUUGGUCAGUCUGUGAGCUGCCAGACGGUGGACAAUCCAGCUGAAGAUGACUCUACUGUGACUGACAUGCCCAUUCCUAUGCGAAAAUCAUUCCAAUCAGAUUUCAAUCUCGCUCAACACCAUGGGGGUUACAGAGUGCGUCUUCAAAUGUUUUACUGGCUCUGGAGACCACAGGAGCUGUUUACGGCCAGCAAAAGUGUCCGCAAGUUCGUGGACCAUUACGUCAAGAAGGCUCUUGUUGAAAGCGAGAAGGAAAAGCAGGCUGAUGACAAGUAUGUAUUUCUCACAGAGCUGGCUCGUGAGGUCAAAUCUCCACAGGUUCUGAGUGACCAGGCCCUAAACAUUCUUCUGGCAGGAAGAGACACCACGGCUUCUCUAUUGUCUUGGUGCAUCUACUUGUUAGCCAGACACCCUGAAACUUGGAACAAGCUGAGAGACGAAAUUCUGAGCACUUUUGGUUCUGGCUCGGACCUGUCUCUCAUCACUUUUGAGUCUCUAAAGAGAUGCGAGUACCUACGAUUCGUCAUCAAUGAAACACUCAGAUUGUAUCCUUCAGUCCCCGUCAAUGUUCGCUACGCAACACGUGACACAACACUACCUAGAGGAGGGGGACCGGACGAGAGCCAACCAAUUCUCAUCAGAAAGAACUCUGUACUCGUCUACAGUGUGUUCGCGACCCAUCGUCUGAAAAAGUUCUGGGGCGAAGAUGCAGACGAGUUCCGACCUGAACGAUGGGGAGAGGGCAUAUCACGAGGAUGGGAGUACUUGCCGUUCAACGGAGGGCCCAGAAUCUGUCUGGGCCAACAAUACGCAUUGACAGAGACCAGCUAUGUACUGACUCGAAUCGUGCAGCUGUUCGGCACUCUGGAGAACGCAGACGCCAGUCCAGAACCCCCCAUGAAACUACAUGCUCUAACCAUGUGCCAUCUGACCGGAGUCCACGUUAAAAUGAGCACAAAUAACUUACCGUGA